AUAUAUAUAUGUAUGUAGAGUGGCUGUUUGUAUUUCCAUACUCUUUUUUUCUACUUUGGUCAGUGCCCCGUGGAAAUGACAAAGAAUCAUACCAGAUGCAGGGGAAAAAAAUGUGGUUCUGGUGAUCAUGCUUUUAUUUUUCACCCAGAUUGUAAAGGACGAAAUGAUCUAUGAUGGACCACACUCGUUAGAAUAGCCUGCAGGCAAUUAUAAAAAUCGCUUGGGUAGAAAACAUGAUCAGCUUUUAUGCAUGGAAACUACGUUCCAAGAUGCAGUGAAACAAAAGUUUGGUAGGAUGGUGCUUGCUUGCUCACACUAUUCAUGCGCACAGGAAAAGUUCGCUGCCCCACGCAAACCAUAUGAGCAGGGACAUCUCCUCUUCGUACACUUUCUAUUACCUGUCUGGUACGCAACACAUCGGCAGAACUUUUUUGGCUGGAGAAGAAGAGGAACUGCAAAAUUCUCCAAACACCUCUUCUCAUCCCAAGCCCAGACCAUCACCAUUCAAUUGGUUUGCCAUCAACAUGCGGAAGCUCUCCGGAUUCUCUGUGCGUUUCUCUUCUUCAGGAUCGAACUUGAGCUCGUUCACGGAGAUGCUAUCGAUGGAAGGACCCUCAGAAAAUUCUUGGCAGCCAGUCGUGACCGCUGAUACCACCACCCGGGACUAUUGGCUAAACUGGAGAGUUUUACUGUGUGGAAUAUGGGUGCUGUCUUGCAUGAUCAUAGCAGCCAUUCUGAUAUGGAAAUAUGAAGGUUCCAACUCCGAAAGAGAAGAAAGAGCAGAAACUCAACAGGAAACACUGGGAACUUUGUACGAGGACGAGUCCUGGAGGCCUUGUCUUAAAGAAAUCCAUCCUGCUUGGUUGCUGGCUUUUCGGGUUACCGCAUUUUUCAUACUUCUGGCGUUGCUCGUCGUCAAUGCUGUCAUGGAUGGAGGUGACAUCUUCUACUACUACACUCAGUGGACAUUUGUGCUGGUUACUGUCUAUUUUGGGCUUGGUUCUCUUCUAUCUAUUUAUGGGUGCCAUCAAUAUCUCAACGAAGUUGGUGGGGAUAAGCUGGACCUUGUAAGGCCAGAUGCAGAACGUGGCACAUACAUGGCUCCUGGAAUUGAGGACAAUUCAAAUACACAUGACUCGGUGAAAAUCUCUGGUUUCCAAUCAGAAGACAACAUUCGGGAAAUCGCUGGAUUUUGGGGUUAUCUAUUUCAAAUUAUCUAUCAGACAAAUGCAGGUGCUGUGAUGCUCACUGAUUGUGUCUUUUGGCUCAUCAUUUUUCCCUUUCUUGCUGUCAAAGAUUAUAGUCUAAAUUUUUUACUGAUUGGCAUGCAUUCGGUCAAUGCAGUUUUCUUAGUUGGCGAUACUGCCUUGAAUAGUUUGCGUUUCCCCUGGUUCCGGAUUGCAUACUUCCUACUUUGGACAGCAACGUAUGUCAUUUUUCAGUGGGUGGUUCAUGCUUGUGUCUCAAUCUGGUGGCCUUAUCCAUUUCUUGAUUUGUCGUCGCCUCAUGCCCCUAUAUGGUAUUUCGUGGUGGCAUUGAUGCAUAUCCCUUGCUAUGCUGUAUUCCCAUUGAUUAUAAAGUUGAAGCAUGCUCUGCUAGCCAGAUGGUUUCCUCAGUCCUAUCAUGAUAUGCGGUAAGCCAACAUGAAUCAGUAUUAUGUACUGUGGCUUCAUUCCUUACAGUGGCUUGCGAGAGAACAGUUGUUCCUCAGCUAGUUGGCCCUUCCAAACAGUUAUAUACAUGACGGCUGGUGGGAGCCCCAAACAGGCAGGAGAGUAGUUAAAAUCAAAUUGAAGAGCUAUUGGUUGAUUCUUUCUGUAUCAGUGGCAUAGACGCAUGAAAAAAAAUUUCCUUUCGGCUUCAAGUUACGAGUUUUGUAUUGGAAUAUUUAUACAUUGAGUUUAUAUAUAUAUUGUCACGCUUCCGAUCCGAGAUUAUGAAUCGAGGGUCAUGGCAA